UCCAUCUCUCUUCCGAACGUCACCUCAACGGACAACCACUUUGCUCUUGUGCCUCCUCCCGAAGCCGCCUCACCACCACCGCCAUGCCUAUUGUCGACUCCGGAAGCGCUGGGGCCCUCUCUGCCGCCGAGAAGGCGAUCAUCGCCGACAGCUGGAAGGUCGUCUACGCCGACUACGAGGCUGCGGGCAAGGCCAUCCUCAUCAAGUUCUUCACGUCCAACGCCGGCGUGCAGGACUUCUUCCCCAAGUUCAAGGGGCUCGACUCGGCCGAGCAGCUGAGCAAGUCGGCCGCCGUGCGCUGGCACGCCGAGAGGAUCAUCAACGCCGUCAACGACGCCGUGGUGGCCCUGGACGACCCCGAGAAGCUGAGCCUGAAGCUCAAGGCCCUGAGCAAGAAGCACGCCCAGGAGUUCAACGUGGACCCCCAGUACUUCAAGGUGCUGUCUGCCAACGUGCUGGAGCAGGUGGCUGCUGCGAACGGGGGCCUCUCUGCCGAGGCUCAGGGAGCCUGGGAGAAGCUGCUGAGCCUCAUCAGCAUCCUGCUGAAGUCCCAGUACUAGGCGCGGAAUCCCUCCCCCGAAUCGGCAAAGGAAAUGUGACACACCGAUCGAUGUACGUCGUGACGAUGGGUGGUUUCUGGCAAUAAAAGUAUUGAAGCAUCAAA